UGGACUCCUGAUCUUUCAAGGUCCCUUCCAGUUUUAGGAGAUAGGCAAUCUCCAUGAAUUUUAUUUAAUUUAACCUUGGGAUCUCGUUCCAUAAACAGCCAAGUGUUUAAUGUCAAACUUCCCUGUGGGCCCCUUGAUUUCACUUCAUCCCUGUGGUGGAGAGGAUUGAAGAAAGCUCUCUGUGGGUUUCGUUCUGGUCAGAGGUCUGGGCUGUAAAUAAAGGGACGAAGGCCAGGAUCUUUCAGUACAGGCGCAUGAUUUAGACACCUACAUCCGAACUCCAGCUACUGAUUUAGCAUUGCCCUAGGAUGACAGAGAAAGUCUGGGGGAAUCAGGGUCUGACUAAAUCCCUUCCGAACCCUCCCCAGGCACGCGUCUUGCCCUGACCAGCGGCAGAACCACAGACACUUUUUGCUCCAGGUCAUCCGGUCCCUGGAGAGACAAGGAAAGGAAAUGGCUGUGGCAGAGCCGGUGACCUUCGAGGAGGUAGCUGUGUAUUUCUCUGAAGAGGAAUGGGCGCUGCUGGACCCGGGUCAGAGAGCCCUCUACAGGGACGUGAUGCGGGAGAAUUAUGAGACCGUGGCCUCACUGGGGUUUCCAGUUUCCAAACCCAGUGUCACCUCCUGGUUGGAACGAGGGGGGAAGCUCCAGGAAUGGGAGAUCCUGAGAGUUCCCAGCACAGGGACUGACUGGAUUCUGUCUGUCGUAGCAGGUGAUGGGAUGGUGAAUGAAAACAAGGAGGAGAAUCAGGUACAUCCUGAGCAAUCGGAGCCACACAGAACAACGUCAGGACGAUCCGAAGGGGCGGUUUCUCAGACUCCUGUGCAGCGAGAUGCAUGCGAGAGUCAGUGCAGGCCAGUGAGGGAGCAGGAAGACCAGCAGGGGCAGAGACAGUGUAAAUCCUCCCUCAAGAAAACACUGGUACAGGAAAGCAAAAACCCAGUUCAGCAGAGGGUCCCGGCUGGGAAGACACCCUCCACGUGCGGUGACUGUGGGAAAAGUUUCCGGUGCAGAUCACAACUUACCACACACCAGAGAACCCACACAGGGGAGAGACCCUACACGUGUCUGGACUGCGGGAAAGGAUUCAAACAACGCUCAGCCCUAAUUACACACCAGACAGUCCACGAACGAAAGAAGAUCUAUAACUGCUCUGACUGUGGGAAAAGCUUCACUCGGAGCUCAACCCUCAUUCAGCAUCGAAGAAUCCACAUAGGUGAGAAACCUUAUGAAUGCAGGGAAUGUGGGAGAAACUUCCGGGUAAGCUCAUCUCUUCUGUCACAUCAGCGAACCCACACAGGGGAGAAACCUUAUAAAUGCCCUACUUGUGGGAAAAGCUUCAUUCAGAGCUCAAACCUUCUGUCACAUCAGAGAACCCACACAGGAGAGAGACCCUACCAGUGCACUGAGUGUGGGAAAAGCUUCAGCCAAAGUUCAUCCCUCGUUAAGCAUCAGAGAAUUCACACAGGAGAGAAACCCUAUAACUGCUUGGACUGUGGGAAAAGCUUUGGUUACAGUGAGGAACUGAAUUAUCAUCAAAGAACCCACACAGGGGAGAGACCCUACAAAUGCAAUGAGUGUGGGAAAAGCUUUAGUUACCUCUCAAACCUUCGUUCGCAUCAAGCAACCCACACAGGAGAGAAACCAUAUAACUGCUCUGACUGUGGGAAAAGCUUCACUCGCAGAACUACACUUACCUCUCACCAGAGGAUCCACACAGGGGAGAAACCCUAUGAAUGCUCGGACUGUGGAAAAACCUUCCGUGCAAGCUCCUCCCUUUCCGAACAUCAGAAAAUCCAUAGAGGAGAAAGAUCCUACAAAUGUCUUCACUGUGGGAAAAGUUUCUAUAACAACUCAUCCCUUUCUCUUCAUCAGAGAUCCCACACAGAUGAGAGACCUUACACGUGCAAUGAGUGUGGGAAAAGUUUUAGAGGCAGCUCGCACCUUCUGUCACACAAAAGACUCCACAGUGGUGAGAAACCCUACAAGUGCACUGACUGUGGGAAGAACUUCCGACACAGCUCAACUCUUAGUACACAUAAGAAAAUCCACAGAGGGCAUAAACCGUAGAAAUGUCCUGGCUAGGUCUGGGCCAAGUGCAAGACACCUUUUCCAAUUCCCAUGAAUUCCAAAGGGUCAGGCCAGGCUGGAGUAGCCAUAUAACUAAGAUGUGAAAUAUUUAUUAAAACAGAAAAUGAAAUCGUCUUCCUGGGACAGAGCCAUGCAGAGCAAGAGGCUGAGAUAAGAGUCGUACAUGGUGACUGCAUUUGAUUGUGAUUUUUUUCGAGAAAUGGUGAACAUCCUCCAUCUCCUACUACUUUUACUUCUGAUGUUAUCAAUUAUUUUUGGUUCAAGAUACAAAGAUUUGGAGAUCCAGCCAAAAGUAUUUGGUGAUCCGGAUUUGGCACAUGUUCCAUCUAUUGACUACCCCAACCUAGAACUAUCUUCAUCUUAUAGAAUGUGACUUCUGGUUUAUACCUGAUAGUGGUUUAGACCUGGAUGCUCCAAGGGACUGUGACACUGAGAAUUGAAAUGCUUAACUUUUAGGCACCUAGAAAAAUCACAGGUUCCCCAAAGCUUGAGUUAGCAGCCUAUGCUCUCUCUAUAUAAGGAAUUGGGGGAGAAAGGUAUGUAGACUGUGAUUCACAAAUGCCAAUGGUACAUGCCAAUGAGAAUGGUGUGAUCUCAGCCCCAUUGCUUACUAAUACCAUCAUAUCUGAGCUAAUCCUCUCUGUUUGGUACUGUUGCAUUGUCCCCUGGGAUCAUUCUUGUACCCCUAGAUUUUGUAUGUUUCAUUGCAACCAUUUCUAGCUAGGAACGUGUUUAAACAAUGCUGAGUUUUGAGCUAUAGUGAUUAUGUACAUUUGAAUUUACCUUCAGAAUAAUGCUUAGCUUCACAAAGUUAUCUUCUUAAUACAGAAGUAAAAGAAGUCAUUGUUUCAUUAGCUUUUGUUAAAAUUACAUGAUUUUCAAUUUGUCCUAUCCAAUUUCUCAUUUUGUCCAAAUAUGUUUUAGUUGAAAAGAUUUAAUAUCAAAUUAAGUAGUUUCUUUUAAUCUAGUUAGUCUCUGAGUUCAUACUUGGUCAUCUGAUACUAUUUCUCUGUCUUAUUGAAUUGUGUUAAUAAUGCUUAACUACCAGUGAAGUUUAAUUAAAUUAAUAUCAUUAAAUGUAAUGUCUAUAGAUUUUAGUUUUAUACUCAGUCGUAUAACACUAUAUAGUUAACCAAAGUUUUGGGGGGGGAGGGUUUGUUGUUUGUUUGUUUUUUUUAAAGAAUUUCAAGUUUAGUUGAGAGGUUAUUUUAACAAUUGCUACAUUUUAUCAGCCAUUUCUUUGACCUGUCUUUAAGGCAAAUAUCAUUCACAUUAUCCUUAUUGAUUCAGUUACUUUAUCCUUUUCUGAUUUUUGCUUUCUUUAAUAAAUAUUUCUUUAUUUAAAGUCAAUUUCAGUUGUUUAUUUUGGGAUGUCCCU